UUACUAUUUUUUUUAUAAUAUUUUGCGAUUUUUCUCCGAGAAGUAAACGGCACUUUCAAGACAAAAGAAAGAAAACAAGAAAAAAAAAAAAUCUAUUUCUUACGUUUCCCAAUAAAAUUGAAAACUUUAUUAGACGAUUGUGAACAGCGGUAUCCACAAGUGGUGCGUUUCCUCAAUACGGACGUGUAAUUGGUUGAAAAAAAAAAGAAAAAAAGAAAUUUUUUUAUUUAACGGCAAGCGUGUGACGCUACGGUGUCCGGUAUUUACCUGAAAUACAUAGUUUCGCCUGCAAAAUCAAUUAAAAAGGAAAAGUGAAUCUAACCCAACCGAAUAUUUGCAAAAUACUAAAAAAAAUUACAAAUUUAAUCUGAAAGCAAAAAGAUUCGCAUUUGCAUUGAACACCAAAUGAAUGGAAAUGAGUUUAAUAAUCAGAACGGAAAGUCAAAAAAACUUUCGAACGCCCACAGUAACCGAUCUGAUAACAAGACACCUGGUUCGGGAUUGCAUUACAAAACUGGGGUGACAAAUACAACUGAAAUUAUGUCUAAAUCAAACGCCGCUCAACAGCAACAGCAAUUUUUUCAAAUGGUAUCGCCGCAACUCGCCACAGUCAUGAGUUCAUGUAAGGCCGAAACAAAAACCGGUCUACGAUCUCCUAUAUCUUCGCCUUUGUCGGGACGUAAGAAUCGUGGUCUGCCCCCGGUAAGCCCAAAAUCAACUCCGCCUCUGCCCAGAAAACAUUACCCCCUGGCAUAUAAUGCGAGUACGGGAAUAGUAACGUCGCCUAUGGCCGUACCACCAGUGCCAGCACGUACGAUGGCGGCUAUAGCUUCUAGUCCGGCUUCAAGUCUUUCGUUAUCAUCCUCUACAUCGUCGCCAUCGUCGUCUCCGCCCCCACCUCCUCUACCCCUGAGACUAUCCAAGGUUGGCUCCAACACAAACGUGAAUUGCAUUCUAAGCGGUUCGCCUUUGCCGUUGCACAACAAUCACUCAAAAAAUUGUGAUAUUUCGGCUAAAGAUAUGAAAGCUUACGUCCCCUCGACGAACAACUCUCUGCCUACUAAAUGCUCUAAGAAUGAACAGGUAUCCGAAAUCGAUUUAGAUAAAUUGAUCGCUCAGCAAAAGGAAUUGCAAGAGAAAACGUAUGCUAUGCAAAAUGCGACUAAAAUGGAUGCGAGUCUGUACGAUGCCGAAAUUGAAAUGAUGAAUAAAUAUUUGAAAAGCUUGCCGGACUAUAGCGAAUUAGAUCGUAAAAUACAUCAAGAAUUUCAAGAAUGCGAGGAUCUCUACGAUCGUUUGAAAAAGCGUCAGACGCCACUAAGUAAAUCUUGUUCGCAACAUAAUGUGCCGCACUCUUCACCAAAGUCUAUAUUAAAAGCUUGUCCCGAUGCCGGAGAUAACGCCAACCUUUCCAAAUCAUUUUCAGCAAAUUUACAACCGCAGCCCGCUUUCCCUCUUGCUAUCAAUGGAAGCACUUCAACUCAUAAUAACUCAGGACAAAUACGCAUAAUUUAUCCUUCGAUCUUCACGCAGGCACCGAAGUUGCAACGAAGCAUUUCCAGUUCUAGUAUGGGUAGUAGUGCGCAUCAUCAACAGCAACAACAACAACAGCAACAACAACAGCAACAGCAAUCAAUGAAUGUUCUCCAUAAGUCGCAUUGUUUUGAUAAUGAGCCCUUGACUGAGGAAAAAAAUGACUCAAUCCUAACGUUGAAUAAGCAAAUACUCAACGACUUUUGGACUGAGAAUUUGGUUUUGUCGCAAAAACAUCAGGCACCUAAGAAAAGUUUGUGGAACUAUGAAAAGAUUUGCCAUCCAACCGUAGGUCAACCUUUGAAAGUCGAUGCUCAUACAGCUAAGAAACUUGCCAUCUUUGAUCCAACCGUAGCGGAGGCCGCACAAAAAGAACUACAGAAGCAUCAUCAGAAGCCCAAUAAAUUGCAAAAAAAUGCUUCACUAUCGCAACUCGAUAUGAAGGUGAGGCAAGCGGUUACGAAAGAAGAUCUUUAUAAAUUAAUUUGUAAUGAACCGUCUUCGCCGACUAAUGCCGAUGUCAAAGAAUUAAAUCCAAAUGUAAACGGUGCCGUUAACAACACCUUCAUUAGCAAAGUUCCAAUCAAAGUUAGCUCCCAGACGCAAACUCCUCAACCCAAUGCCGUAGCCCUUAAUAAGAGUGUGUCUAUGUCUCAUGUAGCUGGCGAAAAAAAUGUACAUCUACCGCAUAAUAAUCAUUCCGGCUUUUCAAAUAACACUUCCGAAUAUGAAGGUCUUAAUCGGUCAUCCAGUAAAACUCAUAUACCUUGUUAUAUGAAGCAUUUGCCAGCUUUGAGUCGCAGCAUAUCAAACAAUGCUAUUCUCAUGCAUCCAAAUUUCAGUCAAAAUCAAAUUAAAGAUCAAAAUAAUGUCGCCAGUAAAAAAACUUUAAAUCACAUCAUGGCCACGGGGAACAAUGUAAACAACAUGUCAACAUCGAUAUAUGCGUCAUCAUCAUCAGCGGCAUCUUCGUCGGCAAACGACACAACUGCAAUGAAUUCAAAUCCUUUAAGAGGUCUCUUAAAGAGUUUAUCAAGUUCAAAUGUUUAUGGAGCUUCUAAAUAUAGUCCGUUCAACGUUAAGCAACAGCAAUUGCAAAAACAGGAGACAAAUUUAGCUACAAUUCCGGCUGAGUCAUCUGCCAGCAGUGGCAGCCAUAAACCGACUAUAGGAAUGACAACUUCUUUGGUGGCGACAACAACAUCAUCAUCACCAUCAUCAUCAUCAUCAUUAUUAUUAUUAUCAUCGUCAACAUCAAGUAAUGAGCGUUUAGGAACGUUGGCGUUGAAUGAUGAGUUGAUGAUGCUGAGACAACAUAAACAGCGACAGCAACAGCAACAGCAGCAGCAGCAGCAAAUACAAAAUAAUCGCAAUAAUAAAGAUUCUCAUACGCGAAAAGAAUUAAUAAUGAACAAAAAAGCAAAACCAACUGGGGAAACUUCAAAGAAAACGGCAACAACUUCACUGAUAGCGAAUACAGACUCGUCUUCUUUAGAUCGGAAAUCGGAGAAAAGCAAUAGUACUAUUAGCAGUAAUAGCGUUACGGUAACCAACUGUUGCACUACCUUGCCUCAGCUAACAAAAUUAACGUCAUCGUUUCACAUACCCGCCGCAACAGAUACUAAACAAAUCACUACCGCCGCCAAUACUGCACUAACAUCAUCUAUGCUAGUAGGUAGUGGCGCGAACAUGAUGAGUGCAGCGACGGCGAUGGUAGGCGGUGAGGGUGGGUAUAAAAUUUCUAAAACACCAAGUGCCAGUGCCAAUUUAGAAAUGUCAAAACGUCAAAAGGACGUUGUUGUUGACAAAACAGAAAAAUCUGUUAAUGAUUUGAUAAUGAGAAAACCAAUUGCGACGUCAUUGAUAAUGAUGGCUGCAACGACGACUACAACGACAACAAUACCGUCAACUACGAUCUCUUUGAAUAAUUUGGCUGGCAAUGUAAGAAAUGCAAAAACGGAAAUCCAACGCGAAACGAACGCGAAACUCGAGCCAACCAAGCCAAGUGUCAAUGAAAUGAAAACAACCAGCAACAAUGAUAAGGUCGAUGAAAAUCAAAUACCGAUCAAAGUUAAUAAUAACGGACCACCGACUGCAAAUCUAACCGCCGUAGUAUCUCAGAUACCAGUUUCUUUAAUUAAUGGCGGCCAACAAAGCAAUACGAAGAAGAGUUUUCCUAUAGGAAAAUCCAGUUCUACGUCACAAAUUCCUUUGGCCGAGUAUCAAAAACCACAAUUAUUAUUAGCAGAAAGGCCGAAACAAACAAACGAACAACAUCAAAAUAAUCAGCCUUCAAAGAAGACCUUCUUAAAUUGGAAUAAUCUUGUCUGCAAUACGAAUGACCAAAAAGUGUAUCAAUUGGGUGGAGGAGCAAGGCUACAGCACAUGAGUUCUACAGCAAAUGUUGCGAAAAAACUGCAACAAUUUCAACAAUUUCAACAACAACAACAACAACAGCAGCAGCAGCAGCAAUUGCUACAACAGCAACAACGUAAUCACAUGUCCACUUUUAAGCCGGCUGCUAUUGGUAUAGCAAAUUAUGUGCAGAAAAGCCAAAACAAAGAAAACAACAGAUACAACAAUUCGAUCCAGCAACAAGAAAUGGCUUGCAUGAAACAACAAAAUUUACCUACCUCAGCUGCUUUUGUUUAUCCUCGCAAGGUAGACAACAACAAUCCUUUAAUGCAUUCAGCUUCCUUUUCUGUCGUCCAAAGACCCGUAGGUUUACAUAUGCAUAUCACACAGUCACAACAAAAGCAACAGCAACAGCAACAGCAGCAGCAACAACAACAACAGUUGCUUACACAUAAUUAUAAAACUCAAUAUUCGGUCAAUGGUAAUAGUAAACAGGAGCGUAAAAUUCUGCAAGCUUUUGAUACGUGCGGCACGACGUAUACAAAAUCGCAAACGAAAUCGAAUCAGCAACCCCCCGUGUCAGGUGUUUCGCCCUAUCAAAUCGUUACUAGUGGUGGAGCUUCAUCAACGACUUAUAAUUAUGGGCUAAAUGUUACGCAACAACAAGCGCAACAUCCUCACGUCCCCCAUGCAUUAAUGCAAUCGGCUUCGACUUCCGCUUUAAAUUAUUAUCAAACCCAAACGCAUGUAUAUCAGCAAUCACAACAACACCAACAACAACAACAACAACAACAACAUUAUCAACAGCCCAAGAGUAUAAUGUGUCAGCAACAAUCAGGAAUGCAAAUAAUAUCAUCUCCGUCGAUUUAUGAACAACCACAACAACCAUCAUUAAAACAAAGUAAAUCCGUGAUUUUCCAACACAGCACACAAACAAAUCAAAUGUCGAAAUCGGCUUUAGGCCUUCAAGUCAACGAGACAGCAAAGCCCGUUAUACAAGAUGAUGCUGAUGGCCACUUGAUGUAUCAUAAUGGCGAUAUUCUUCAUCACAGAUAUAAAAUCAUGGCCACACUGGGCGAGGGUACAUUCGGUCGUGUUGUUAAAGUCAAAGACAUGGAAAGGGAUUAUUGUAUGGCCUUAAAGAUAAUUAAAAAUGUGGAAAAAUAUCGCGAGGCUGCUAAACUAGAAAUUAAUGCCUUAGAGAAGAUUGCACAAAAAGAUCCAAAUUGUGAACACUUGUGCGUUAAAAUGAUAGAUUGGUUCGAUUAUCACGGACACAUGUGCAUUGUUUUCGAAAUGUUGGGUUUGAGUGUUUUCGAUUUUUUGCGUGAGAACAACUACGAACCAUAUCCGUUAGAACAAGUGCGACAUAUGGCCUAUCAGUUAUGUUAUUCAGUGAAAUUCUUACAUGACAAUCGUUUAACGCACACCGAUUUGAAGCCAGAAAAUAUACUCUUUGUUGAUUCAGAGUAUACUACACAUUAUAAUCAUAAAAUUAAUCGUGAAGUAAGACGCGUUAAGAAUACCGAUGUACGUUUAAUCGAUUUUGGUUCAGCAACAUUUGAUCAUGAGCAUCACAGUACUAUUGUCUCGACUCGACAUUAUCGUGCUCCCGAAGUUAUAUUAGAAUUGGGUUGGUCGCAACCUUGCGAUGUUUGGUCAAUAGGCUGUAUACUCUUUGAAUUGUAUUUGGGUAUAACUUUGUUUCAAACUCAUGAUAAUCGUGAACAUUUGGCGAUGAUGGAGCGGAUUCUCGGACAAAUACCAUAUCGUAUGGCACGUAAUCACGCUCUUUACAGCAAAACUAAAACAAAAUAUUUCUAUCACGGUAAGUUGGAUUGGGACGAGAAAUCCUCUGCUGGUCGUUAUGUACGCGAUCACUGCAAGCCUUUGUUCAGAUAUCAGAUGAGUGAUAGCGAAGAUCAUUGUGAGUUAUUUGAUUUGAUUAAGAAAAUGUUGGACUAUGAACCAUCACAACGUGUCACGUUAGGAGAAGCUUUACGUCACCCGUUCUUUGAUAAACUCCCACCGCAUCAACGUCUAGGCGAUCCUGGCAGCAAAAUCAUACAACCCGCUUCGUCUGGCAGUAGCAGCCGUGAACGUUCGCACAGCUUGUCAAGAUGAGAAUUGGCCCGAUUUGGUUAUUGUUAAUUAAUUAACACUCUCCCAUACCGUUUUCAUCGAAAAACACAUCUCCUUUUUAUAAUUUAAUUUUAUGUUCUUCAUAAUAAUAAUAAUAAUAAUAAUUAAACUAAACUUGCAAAAAAGAAAGGGAAGCACAUGCAGUUAUAAUAUAGCAGAGUUUGAGAAGAUUUUUUCUUCUUGUUUUUUUUUUUUAAUAUUAUAUAAUAAUGAUAUUCUCUCUCACUGCAACACAAAAAUCGAAAGUUAAGCUAUUAAAAGAAUAGAGUAAUAAGAACAAGAAGAAGAAGAACUGUGUCGGGUAGUGUAGGAAAUUAUAAUUAUAAUAACGUUAAAUAAUUCUUUAUAUAAAAAAAAAAAAAAAAAAAACACGAAAAAUCAUCAGUCAGGCACUAAACAUAGUCUAGAAAGAGCUCGGAGAGGAAAAGAGAACAUAUAUGAAAAUCGUUCUUAAUUAAUGGUUUCCUAUGCAAACUUAUAUAAUAAUUAUAACAAUUAUAAUUUUUUCAUUUUGCCCCAAUUUGUAAAUGCACAAUUUAUAAUUGUGUUUGAAAACAAGAAAGAAAAUAAAUAAAAUUUUUUAAUUAAUAGUUUUCCUCGUAUCAUGUUUUUUUUUUUAUGUU